UGAAAGGAAGUUUAGUAAUAAAUAUCUAAAAUGUACUAAAUUAUUUUUCAAAUUUUUAUGAGAAAAACAUUGUUAUUUAUGAAAAAUGGGAACGCAGAAACCUGGAGAAUGGGCUAAUUCGUUGAUAGCGCGUUUCGAAGAACAGCUCCCUUAUAGGACGGGAGCACAGAACCUGCACUCGAGGAUCAAUGAGGAACAAUGUAAGGCAUGCCUCGUCCAGAUAAGCAGAUACCGGUUCUCAUUAGUCAUUUCAGGGCUGACGAAGAUACUGCAGAGAGUAAAUGAACUGUAUCAGCCAACAUUCACAAGCAGCAUCAAUAGACCUCAAACAGAGCUGGAGAAGGGAUACCAUGAUAGUCUUGUGAUAGUCCUGGAUACACUUGAGAUAUGCCUCAGCUCACAGCCCAAGGAUACUGCCAAAUAUGAUGAAGCAAUGAAUGUGAAAAUUCUGCUUCGGGAAGUCUGUCAGUUUAUGGAUUCACGUAACGAGAAUGUGGUGAACAACAAUUUAUUGAGGCAAUUGGCUAGUAAGGUUCUGUUUGCGCUCAGCCUAAACUUCUUCAAUGCAGUGUUCAACCGGAUCAGUGCUAGACUUCAGGAGCUGUCUUCAAGCUCAGAAGAAAAUCCUGAUUAUACAGACCUAGAAUUAAUUCAACAUAUUAACGUCGAUAUAUUAAGAUUGAUACGAUUGUUGCAAGAGUCGAUACAAAAAUUUAGAUUAUUAAGAAAAUCCGCGCACAUAGUACUGGUCGUGUCUCUGGAGAAAGCUAUAUGGAACUGGAUGGACACUUAUCCGCAGGAGUUCUCCGACGUGCAGUGCACGCCCAACGACGAGCUCGGCAAGUGCUGCGACACCCUGUUCGACAUGCUGCAGGACAGCUUCGCCGAGAACAAGAAGUCCAGGGCGGCGAUGUGGCCCCUUCAGAUCAUGCUCCUAGUUCUGAAUCCGAAAGUCCUGGAGGAAAUCGUGAACGCCGACAGCGGAGCGCCGUGCAGCCCCCGACAUACGAAGAAGAAGCACUUCAUAGAUUCAGUCAAGAGAGGACUCCACCCGCAGAAUAACUCGAAGCAGCUGAUAGAGGCGGCCGUGGUGACCAGCGUGAAGCUCUGCAAGGCCUCCACGUACCUGAAGACGGCCGACUCCGGGAACGUGACCUUCGUACUCGUCAAGUCUGUCAUUAACGACCUCAAGUCACUGCUGUUCAACCCCUCGAAGUCGUACAUACGUGGCAGCGUGCUGUCCGGCUACUCGGACCUGGACCUCAUGACCGACUGCUUCGUGUCCCUGUUCCGCAUCAUGCCCCACAACAACGACGCCCUGAAGGUCUGCCUGAACCUCAACGCUCACAUCUCCUACCACUACGUCAUUGUGAACGCCUUGAACAGGAUAAUAAAACAACCCCGACUGCCUUGGUGGCCGCAGAUCGACCUCCUGUACCCGAGGGCCGCCGAACUCCGGGCAAUGUUCACGGAUACGUCGAACAAAGCUACACAGGGUUACGUGGCGCACACGCCGCUCCGGAUGAUCUCCCUGUCGCUCAAGUCGAAGGAGGUCCAGUCCAAGUUCAACCGGGCCGAGGAGAUGCCCGCCUACAGACACCUGCUGCUGUGCAUGGUCAAGUUGAUUCAUGCCGACCCCAUGCUGAUGCUGAGCAACCCUGGCCGCUCCAACCUAGAGAUGCAGUCGUCGACGACGGAGCUGAUGAACGGGCUGGUGUCGCUGGUGCACCAGGGUGGGCUGGGCGAGGUGUCCGGCGCCGCCAUGGACGCGCUGCUGGCGCUGCACCGCCCCGACCGCGUCCUCAACUGGAACCCGGACGCGCCGCUGCUUACCUUCUGGGACCACAGCUCCCAGGUGCUGUACAACAUUAGCCAGAAGCUGGUCCAGCGUCAGAUCGGCAACUACCGCGAGGUGCUGCGCUGGCUGCGCGACAUACUGACCUACCGCAACGAGUUCCUGUCCGCGCACAAGGAGUACGCCAACGUCGGCUCGCACAUACCGAUAUGCAAGCAGGCGCACAUCAAACUCGAGGUGGUGUUCUUCAUGUGCCUGUGGUCGAUCGACACGGACGUGGUGCUGGUGGCCAUGUCGUGCUUCGCGCUGCUGUGCCAGGAGGCGGACAUCCGCUGCGGGGCCGACGAGCUGACGGCGCACUCGCUGCUGCCCAACUACUCCGUGUUCCAGGAGAUAGCGCACACCUCCUCCGUCCUCACCACCGGUUCGGCGGCUCUGCAGAAGCGCAUAAUGGCAUUGCUGAGGAAAAUCGAGCACUGCGUCAACGGGGUCCAGCCGGUCUGGGAGGAGACCUUCAGAUGUUGGGACUCCCUCUGUAAGCUCUUGCAGAAGUUCCCCAAAGGUCAAGGCGAGAAGCUGGACGACUGUCAGAUGGAGGCCCUCCACAGGACGGCCGUGAAGCGAAGGGUCUCCAAUCACAGCAGCAGCGAACAUGACUUCGAGAUGCAGAUACAGGAGUGGGCGAACAUAACGUCGUUCCUGUGCGCGCUGGGCGGUGUCUGUCUGCAGAAGAGGCCAGCGCCCCCCACCUGGUCCAUCGUGCACGGCCACGAUUCAAGGAAAUACACAGUGCUCGCCAACAGCUCACAGGAAGUCCAGUACUGUCCCGUGACACAGUUUAUAGGGCAGCUUCUGCGCUUGCUGCUCUGCGGUAACGAUCGCUUCGGGCAGCAGAUCCAGAACCACGUGAAGGAGGUGGUCGGCAGGGAGAUGUCGCCGCAGCUCUACCCCAUACUCUUCGAUCAGAUCAAGGCCAUCAUCGACAAGUUCUUCGAUCAGUACCAACAGGUCAUGCUCACGGAUAUCAACACGCAAUUCGUGGAGCACACUAUAUUCAUAAUGAAAAGUAUAUUGGACAACAAGAGGAGCGGUCAGCCAACGGAGCACCUCAGCACUACGUCCAUCGAAGGCCUGAUGCUGGCCAUCGUUCGGUACGUUCGUCACUUGGACAUGACGGUGUUGUCUGUUCACAUCAAGACGAAGCUGUGUCAAGUUGUCGAAGCCAUGAUGAGGAGACGAGACGAUCUGGCCUUCAGACAGGAAAUGAAGUUCCGUAACAAGAUGGUGGAGUACGUCACCGACUGGGUGCUGGGCACCAGUCACCAGAUCGCUCCGCCGCUGCGAGCCGACGCGUCCUCAAUCACCAGAGAGCUGGACCAAGCGUGCAUGGAGGCGGUGGCGGCGCUGCUGCACUCGCUCCCGCUUCAGCCUGAGGAGUCUGACCGCGGCGACCUUAUGGAAGCCAAGAGCCAGCUUUUCCUCAAAUAUUUCACUCUAUUCAUGAAUCUACUCAACGAUUGUCACGAAGGCGAAAUGGAAACAUUGAGGAAUGCAACGAUACAGGCCAUGUCCAACCUCCUGUCUGCCAAUAUCGACUCCGGUCUGAUGCACAGUAUUGACUUGGGCUAUCACAGAGACCUGCAGACCAGAGCGGCAUUCAUGGAGGUCCUGACCAAGAUCCUGCAGCAGGGCACCGAGUUCGACACCCUGGCCGAGACGGUGCUGGCCGAUCGAUUCGAGCAGCUGGUACAACUGGUCACCAUGAUCUCGGAUAAGGGCGAGCUGCCGAUAGCGAUGGCGCUCGCCAACGUGGUGAGUACCUCGCAAAUGGACGAGCUGGCGAGGGUCUUCGUGACGCUGUUCGACGCCAAACAUCUGCUAGCUCCUCUGCUGUGGAACAUCUUCUAUAGAGAAGUCGAGGUUUCCGAUUGUAUGCAGACUUUAUUCCGCGGCAACUCCUUGGGCAGUAAGAUCAUGGCGUAUUGCUUUAAGAUAUACGGUCACGGAUACCUUCAAGCCCUGUUAGAGCCUCUCAUAACAUCGCUACUGGAUAAGGCGGCCACGAAACCUGAACUCAGCUUCGAAGUGGAUCCGGCCAGAUUGGAACCGAACCAAGACAUAGAAGCGAAUCGAGCGAAUUUAAUCGAACUAACCAAAGAAGUAUUCGAUAGAAUAGUGAAUUCGGCUGACAAGUUCCCGCCCCAGCUGAGGAGCAUGUGCCACUGUUUGUAUCAGGUGUUGAGUAAAAGGUUCGCCCAGUUCCCGCAGACCAGUGUUGGCGCCGUCGGAACCGUACUGUUCUUGAGGUUUAUCAAUCCCGCUAUAGUGUCGCCGCAAGAGAUGGGCAUAGUCUGCCGUCCCGUUCCCUCCGCGUUCAAGCGGGGCCUCAUGCUGAUGUCGAAGAUCCUGCAGAACAUCGCGAACCACGUCGAGUUCUCUAAAGAGCAGCACAUGCUGCCCUUCAACCACUUCCUAAGGGCCCACUUCGAGCCAGGCAGGAAGUUCUUCAUCCAAAUAGCGUCGGACUGCGAGAGCGUGGACCAGAGCUCGCACAGCCUGUCCUUCAUCAGCGACGCCAACGUGCUGGCGCUGCACCGCCUGCUGUGGAACCACCAGGAGCGCAUCGGCGACUACCUGUCCUGCAGCCGCGACCACAAGGCCGUGGGGAGACGACCCUUCGACAAGAUGGCGACACUGUUGGCUUACCUGGGCCCGCCUGAGCAUAAGCCAGUCGAAUCUUCAUCCGGCCUCCUGUUCUCGUCCUACGCCCGCUGGUCCUCGAUCGACAUUUCGUCGACCAACUUCGAGGAGUUCAUAGUGAAGCACAACAUGCACAAGAAGGAGGAGUUCAAGAGCAUAAAGAGCAUGAACAUCUUCUACCAGGCCGGCACCAGCAGGCAGGGCAACCCCGUCUUCUACUUCAUAUCCAGGCGCUACAACUGCUCCCGGAUUGGCGACAUGAACGCGGACCUGCUCAUCUACCACGUGAUCCUGACGCUCAAGUCCUUCUGCCAGCAGCCGUUCGAGGUGGUCGUCGACCUCACGCACACCAACUCGGAAAAUAGGUUUAGAACCGAUUUCUUGCAGAAGUGGUUCACUGUUCUCCCUGAAGUAGCGUAUACGAAUGUCCACGCCGUCUACAUAUACAACUGCAACAACUGGGUCAGGGAGUACACAAAGUUCCACGAGACGAUCUUGGUUCCGCUGAGGAAUCACCGCAAACUAGUGUUUAUCGAUAAUUUAGCGAAGCUCUGCGAUUAUAUCGAUAUGGAACAGCAGAGGCUACCGGGCGCGACCCUAGCGCUCGAAGAAGACCUGAAGGUGUUCAACAACGCUCUCAAACUCUCCCACAAAGACACCAGAGUGGCCAUCAAGGUCGGUCCCACAGCUCUGCAAAUAUGCGCCAUAGAGAAGACGAAAGUGUUGGGACAUCCGGCAAUACUGAACGACGUUUAUUACGCGUCCGAAAUAGACGAGGUGUGCCUCGUGGACGACAACCAGUUCUCGCUGUCGAUCAUCAACGAGCCGGCGCCUCUCAGCUUCAUCCACAACGACUGCGACAACAUCGUCCAGUCGAUAAUACACAUCAGGAACCGGUGGGAGCUGAGCCAGCCGGACACGGUGACGGUACAUCAGAAGAUCCGUCCCAAGGACGUCCCGGGAACCCUGCUCAACAUGGCCCUGCUGAACCUGGGCUCGUCUGACCCGAACCUGAGGACGGCGGCUUACAAUCAGCUGUGCGCUCUCACGGCGACCUUCCACUUGAAGAUCGAAGGGCAGCUACUGGAAACUUCGGGGUUGUGCAUUCCGUCGAAUAAUACAAUAUUUAUAAAGUCGGUGAGCGAGAAGCUGGCCCACAACGAGCCACACUUGACCCUGGAGUUCCUCGAGGAGUGCAUACAGGGCUUCAGGGGCUCCACGAUUGAACUGAAGCAUUUGUGCCUCGAGUACAUGACGCCAUGGCUGGCUAAUUUAGUCAGAUUCGUGAAGCCGACAGAAGAUUCGCGACGUCAGAAACAGGUCGCCCAAAUCCUGGAGAAGCUGAUCACGUUGACCAUCGAGGAGACCGAGAUGUACCCGUCCGUCCAGGCCAAGAUAUGGGGCUCCAUAGGCCAGGUGCCGGAGCUCAUAGACAUGGUACUGGACAGCUUUAUGCAAAGAAGCGUCAACUCCGGUUUGGGUUCUCCUAUGAUCGAGAUAAUGGCGGACACCGCUGUGGCGCUGGCGUCGGCCAACGUUCAACUUGUAUCGAAAAAAGUCAUCGGUAGAAUGUGCCGCGUGGUCGACAAAACCUGCCACUCCCCAACCGCGAUGCUCGAGCAACACAUGAUGUGGGAUGACAUCGCCAUAUUGGCUAGAUACCUGCUGAUGUUAUCGUUCAACAACUGUCUGGACGUGGCCCGCCACCUACCCUACCUGUUCCACACGGUCACGUUCCUCGUGUGCUCAGGGACCGUCUCGAUGAGGGCCUCAACCCACGGCCUGGUCAUCAACAUCAUCCAUUCGCUGUGCACUUGCACAACGCCAAGCUUUAGCGAGGAGACGCAGCGCGUAUUGAAGCGUUCUCUCGACGAGUUCGCGCUGCCGCUGUUCUAUCAGAUGUUCGGAAUAUCGAAAGUGAAGUCAGCAGCCGUCACGGCGUUCAGGAGCCCGUAUUACAGACACACCCACGAUUGGUACUCGGAGCCGACGUACGUGGGUUGCGAGUGGGGCGGGCUGACGGACCGCGAGCGGCUGCCGCUGCAGUCGCUGGAGACCAUCGCCGACGCGCUGCUGGAGAUCAUGGAGGCCUGCAUGCGGGACAUCCCCGACUGCGACUGGCUUCACACCUGGACGAGUCUGGCGAAGAGUUUCGCGUUCUGCUUCAAUCCGGCUCUCCAGCCGCGGGCGCUUAUAGUCUUCGGCUGCAUCAGUAAGACGGUAACGGACGACGAGAUGAAGCAGCUGCUAAGGAUAUUGGUGAAGGCGCUGGAGUCGUUCAAUGACCUGGCUCUGCUGGAAGCCAUCAUCAUGUGCCUCACCAGGCUCCAGCCCCUGCUGCACCCCGAGUCGUUAAUCCACAAGGCGCUGUUCUGGGUGUCCCUGUCGGUGCUGCAGCUGGACGACCCCACCCUGUACGCGGCCGGCCUGGCACUCAUGGAGCAGAACCUGCACACCUUGGACUCGCAAGGGCAUUUCGAGGAGAAGACCCUGGAGCAGGUGAUGAUGGAGACGCGCGAGCCUCUGGAGUGGCACUUCAAGCAGAUGGACCACGCUGUGGGACUGAGCUUCCGCUCGAACUUCCACUUCGCGCUGGUGGGGCACCUGCUGAAGGGCUACCGGCACCCCGCCGCCGCCACCGCCACGCGCGCCGCCCGCGUGCUGGCCGCGCUGCUGGCGCUCACGGCGCGCCGCCUGCCCGACAAGUUCCUCGUCACUGCCGACACCGUCGCCUACCUCACCGCGUCGGUGUGCGUGAGCGAGGAGGUCCGCUCGCGCUGCCACGUGAAGCACUCGCUGCCGAAGUGGCUGCCGGACAACUGCGACCACUACUGCCCCGGCGCAGAACACGUGCACGAUUCCUCAAUGUCGGUGCCGGCGCCCCCGGGCCGCGCCGGACGCAGGCAGCGCUCGUGGGACGUGCUGGACCAGGCUACGUGCGCGCAUGGUGGUAAAUCGCCGACAAUGCAACAGUCUGGCAGCGGCGGACACAGCCCACAUUUAAUGAACAUAACACAUCAGACGUCAGCUAGAAUGCGUUUCAAAACUCAGAGAUCAUUUUCGGUUCCCACUUCGAAAGACACGAUCUCGGUUCCAAGGGAUAGCGAAGGUCGAGCUCACAGCAUGCAGCAUGGAGCCAGUGGUGAAGCAGCCAGGGAUAUCAUGGGAGACUCUGACAGUGGACUGGAUGUGGUGGACGACGACGGCCGGGGGUCCCCGGGCAGCACCGACGACGCCAACGACCGACCCGCAUCUACUAAAUCCGGAGACAGCGACUACCCAGAGACUUCCAAUAAGCAAAACUCAACCGACAAGGACACGUCAUCGUCCGACAUGAACUGCCUCCUCGAUCCUCUGGUGCUGACAGACUUUACGACGCAAGCCCUGGUGCUGACGGUGCUGGCGACCCUCGUCAAGUACACGACCGACGAGAACGAGAUCAGGAUCCUGUAUCAGUACCUCGCCGAGGGAUCCGUAGUCUUCCCUAAAGUGUUCCCAGUCAUCCACAGUCUACUGGACAUGAAGAUAAACCACGUUCUGAUGCACUGCCACGAUCAGCUCAUACUGAGCGCCGUGCAGAGCAUCAUACAGAACAUGAUCGCUUCGGAAGACGCUAGCCAACAACAGCUGCACUACAUGCAGAGCUGUGGCUUUGGGGGCCUCUGGAGGUUCGCCGGCCCCUUCACCAAGAAACAGUGCACGGCGGAGAGCGCGGAGCUGUUCGUGAACUGGCUGGAGGCGCUGGUGGAGACCUGCCUCCCGGGGGGCGAGGACCCGCACCGCCUGCCGCCGCCCGACCCCGACCACGCCGACCCCGCUGUGGUCCACAGACCAACUACAUUGUUCUGCUCUAGUCAAGACGCGUAGAUUUAGUCUUUAGAUCAUAGACAAACCUAGGACCCCGAGAAGACGGACCCCGAAGAAGAAAACUAAUUACCUCUUAUUAUAUUGUUAAUAAUAAAUUAGUAUUUUAAGAGAAUAUAAAAUCGCUAUUAGAUUAAUUAAAUCAUUUCAUCAUUUUUUGGUCAUUUGGGGGGCAGGAGGGACUGAUUAUUUGCCUCUUAACAAACUUAAUUAACUUAGAAUUAACAAGCUUAUAACGAUAAUAUCUCAGAUCUGAAUAGUAAUAAAUUUUAAAUUCAAAGGAAUCUAUUUGUUACGAAGAUAUUUUGUUAUUGGUUUACACAGUACCGCGUAAAAAAAAAGAAAUGUAAUGUAAACUUUAUUCCAUUGACAUAAAUAUAUAUUUUACAUGCAAACGGACUCAUAUAAGACAUUUGGCUGCGAAAUUGUAUAUUUUCAUCGCAAAUAUAUGAUUCUAUUCAAUGUUGGAGAAUUUGCACGUAGACUAGACAAGUAGUUUUUAAUAAAAUCUUAUUUCAGUGUAACGCGGGCCUAAUUAUAUGGCUCUGAUUUUGAAAUCAUUAUGUAUAAAUGUAUUACUUGCCUAAAAAUGGUAGUGUCAAGGGAUUGCCAGGACAUCUGAAUUCAUGAAACGGCUCAGCGGAGUGGAGGCAAAACUCUGAGACAAGAUCUACAAACAAAAGUCAGAUCCACAGACUGCCCACAACAUAAAAAUACAGAUAUCAUAGUAGCUAUCUUAACGUAGAAAUCUAUGGACCGUCUAUCGGGUCAACUGACAUUUUUCAUACAGGCGAGCAAUGUUCGAAACUCCUUAGUGUCCUGUUGAAGAUAGGCAUAUCAUCUAUAUAAGAGUAGCAAAAGUUUAAAUUUCUAGUCGGCACAAAUUUGAAAACCAUAAACCUUUAAAAAAUUUGAAAGAACCGCGUUUCUAAAUCCGAAAGACGCAUGAGAUUUGUAUAAACUUCACGGCCUUAUUACAUCAAUCUUCGAUAUAUUCUCUGUCCCUGGAAUUUGAUUAUACGCUUUGACUAAAUCGACACCUGAAAAUUUUUAUACAACCAUAAUGACGAGAUGACAAAUCUUGUAUAAACAUUCUAAUUGGAUUGGAUUGACAUGUUUUGUAAUCUUCACGUGGACUCCAACUUUAAUCUUGGAAAUCGACAUGCUUGGUUUCCAUUAAAUACUAUGGCAUCGAAGCCUAUUUUGGCUGUAUUUCACUUCUCGAGACUACACUUGCACUAUACAAGUGGUGGUUACACGUAUGUUGGGUGUGAAGCUAUGUUUAGGGAUAUUCUGAGUACUAGCGCGGCGUCGUAGCGUCAAAUAUCGGAUCUUUUGGUACUUACAGUCGCAGUCUGUCAGUCGGAACUUUUAAACUUAAAAAUCAGACUUGAUUCACGAUAACAGUCAUGCUUUCCGAUUCCAAGAGUGGAAGAUCAAAACAAAGAUUAAAAAAGACGGUAUCCGCCUGCAGGAUUCGAACAUCGGUACAGUCGCAUCGCUCGAUACGAAUGCCCGGCUGUUUUAUCCUUUAAGCCACGACGACUUCAAAGGGAAAUUGUAGGUCGUUUCUCCUUGUUUUUCAUUAACAAUAUAAUUUAAACCGCGUCAAGUAUAUCUCAAGGUGGGUGGCGCAUUUUACGUUGUAAAUGUCCAUGGGCUCCAGUAACCGCUUAACACCAGGUGGGCUGUGAGAUCGUCCACCAAUCUAAGCAAUAAAAAAAAAUGCUUCACUAUACCUUCGUCACUGUCGACUAAGUUAUAUUGCAUCUGGUUCAAAUGCACAUCAGACUUUGGUCCUUUCAACUCGGAUAUCCAGACUUUUUAAGUAUCUUAUGCUUACAAAUAUCCCAAUCGCCUACCGUCAAAACCAAUCGUGUUAAAGUCACAGUAGAAUAAAUCAUGUAUCGAAUUUACAGAAAUACCAAUUUUUAGAGCCUAAUGUAUUAAUUAAACAUUGUUAAAUUUUUGUUUACUCUAAAAAUGUUUUUGUAGUCAAAUUAUUUAUGAUGUUAGUGUGAAUGUGCCGUAAAUAAAUGUUUUAGUAUGCAGAGU